AUGGUCCAACAGCGUCCGAGGACUGUGGGAUCAUUCCUGCAGUGGUACAGGAAACCAAUGCUGGAAAUGCAAUGCAUAACCCAUAACUCUCCCAUACCCCAUAAUCCAUACCUUUUUGGGGGUAAUCUCCGCUAUAUUUUUACCAUAACCCAUACCUCGAUUGCUAUCAUUGCAUUUGAUACUCCCAAAAUGGGAUCACUGCAAAAAGAACAGGAUCCAGCAGUGUGGUCGUUGUUGCCACGUCGGGUCGACAUCAAAGUUGGCUCCCGAUUAGGCAAAUCGUCACGUCUGGACCUCCACGGAGGGGUAUGGGUUAAGAGGGAGUCGACUGUACACAAUAUGCCUUGCUUGAAGCGAUAA